AUGGAAAACAAAACAGAAAUGACUGAAUUCAUUUUGCUGGGAUUUGAGGUCAAACCACAGAUGCAGAUAGUUCUCCUAAGUCUUUUCUCACUGAUGUACAUCAUCAGUCUGGUAGGGAAUAUUGGUAUGAUUGUAGUCAUAACUGCUGAUUCCCAUCUUCACACACCUAUGUACUUCUUCUUGAAAAAUUUGUCUUUUGCUGAUAUAUGCUACUCAUCUGUUAUUACCCCGAAAGCCAUAUUGGGUUUAGCUAUGGGGAAUAAGAUAAUUUCCUACAAUGGAUGUGCAGUCCAGAUGUUCUUCUAUUCUCUUCUUGGGACAACAGAAGCUUUUUUCCUUGCUGGCAUGGCAUAUGAUCGAUUUAUUGCAAUCUGCAACCCAUUGCUUUACCAUGCUACGAUGUCAAAGAAAACCUGCUUAUUUUUGGUGUCACUUUCAUAUUGCUUUGGUUUCCUCAAUUCUGGCACACAGACUGGACUCACUUUCAGUUUAUCAUAUUGUAAACCAGGGGAGGUCAACCAGUUCUUCUGUGAUGUCCCAGCUGUCAUGAAGGCAUCUUGCUCAGAUACUUUUAUAAAUGAAAUUGUGCUCCUAGUCAUUUGUGGGUCUAUUGUGUUGAUAACAUCUAUAAUUGUCCUAUUAUCAUACAGUUUCAUUGUGGCUGCAGUCCUUCAUAUACCUUCUCUAGAAGGGAAAUGCAAAGCUUUUUCAACCUGUACUUCCCAUGUCAUGGCUGUAAGCCUAUUUUUUGGAACAGCUUUCUUUAUGUAUGGCCAACCUGGAGCCAUGUCUUCUCCUAAUCAAGGCAAAGUUGUGUCUGUCUUCUAUACCAUUGUUAUACCAAUGUUAAACCCUUUAAUCUAUGGUCUAAGAAACAAGGAAGUCAAAGAUGCUUUGGGAAGGCAGCUAAAAUGUUUAGCAUCUUAA